AUGGCUACCGCUAAUGGCGACAAGUUGGACCUUCCGGUCAUAGACAUAUCAUCCGCGGAUUCUGGAGUGGCAAAGCAGAUCCUAGAUGCAGCUUCCCGAUAUGGGUUCGUAUUCGUCUCGAAUGAAAACAAUGCGUUCGAUCAGGCAGACAUACAACGGAUGUUCGGACUAUCACGGGACUUCUUCAGUUUGCCAACCGAUGUGAAGGCAGAGUGCUCUAUCCAUUCGAGUAAAUCAGGAAAGAAUCGCGGCUGGCUGUCAAUGCACACGGAAACUCUAGAUCCGGGAAAUCAAAAGCGGGGAGACUUCAAAGAAGCUUUCAAUUUCGGCGAAUUUGUAGAUGGCAAGGCGCAGCAGCCGCUACCAGCGCCGCUGGCCGACGAAGAAGCCUUUAUCGGCCGUUUCGCCGAUCAGUGCCACGCAUUGUGCAACAAGAUACUGGAACUUUUCGCAACUGCACUAGAGGUUUGCGGCUCCCGCUGGUUCUCCGACCGCCACGACCGCUCCAAAGGCCCUUCAGGCAGCGUCCUCCGCCUCCUCUACUACCCGGCAUUGAAGGACAACUCCUACAACCCCACCCUCGACAUCCGCGCCGGCGCCCACAGCGACUACGGCAGCAUCACCCUCCUCUUCCAGCUCCCCUCCCAGCCCGGUCUCGAGAUCCUCACCCCCUCCAACACAUGGGCGCCCGUGCCUGUUAACCCGCUGAACCAGGCCGUCCCGCCUGUCCUCGUCAAUAUCGGAGAUCUGCUAAGCUACUGGACAAACGGGCUAUUGAAGAGCACGGUGCAUCGUGUCAUCUUUCCCAAGGAUGGGAGGGGCGGGGAGGAUAGGUAUAGUAUUGCGUAUUUUUGUCAUCCGUUGGACGAGGCGAGGUUGGAGGGAGUGCCGAGUAGAAUGGUGGUGGAGCAUAAGGGGAGAGGAGGGGAGGAGGGGGAGAAGGGAAGGGUGUUGACUGCAAGGGAUCAUCUAAAUAUGAGGCUGGCGGCGACGUAUAGGCUUAAGGAGGAGAAGGAUGGCGCUUCUUGA